ACCUUUUUCCAUCCAUAAGCAUUGCUCUUCCGUUCUUCAUAUGAAUAAUUUAUUCCAGUCUGGAGAGAUCGAUGUACAGCAAUUCGAUCGUGUCGUUCAGUCAUUUUAUGAAGGCACGAGUAAUGCAGAAAGACAAAAUGCACAAAACGUGCUGACUGAAUUCAAGAGUCAUCCGGACGCUUGGCAGUGUGUCGACCGCAUACUUGAUCGAUCGUCUCGUAUACAGUCUAAAUUUAUAGCGCUUGGUAUAUUAGAAAACUUUAUAAAAGUCAAGUGGAACUUGUUGCCUUUGGAACAAAGAUUGGUGAUUCGUGAUUACAUUGUCAAAUUGAUCAUUGACAGUCAUCAAAGUACGGUUCAUGAUAGCAGCAGCAAUAACAACAACAACAACAACCGGUCUGCGGCUUAUAUCAACAAGUUGGAUUGGGUCCUUGUGCAGAUCUUGAAAAAGGAUUGGCCAACGUAUUGGCCUACCUUUAUACAAGAAAUUGUUGAUUCUAGUCUCGCCAACGAAACCAUCUGUGAGAAUAAUAUGAGAAUAUUACAAUAUCUCAGUGAAGAGGUCUUUGACUACUCGGACGAUUACAUGACAAAAGCAAAGAUGCAAAAGCUACGAAAACAACUCAUGGAUGAAUUCAGUCUUAUUUUCGAUUUGUGCAAAAGAAUCUUUAUCUCGUCCACACAAACGCGCCCGGUGUUCAAUCGUUCUCUUCUCACUACCACCUUACACACAUUCUUAAAGUUCCAAAGCUGGAUAUCGCCAGACAUGAUACUACAACAGGACUUACUGCAACUGCUACAGAUAAUACUAAGAGACGGAGACAACGAACAAAAAAACCUGAUUAUACAAAGUUUCACAGAAAUCGUCAAAGUAGUCUUCAACAGCAGCAGCAGCAGCAGCAGCAGCACAGACAUGGAGCAGCUGGCACAGCAUCGUUCUAUCAUUGACCUUAUCGUGACAGCCAUUUAUCAUCAAUUUCUCGGGGACACACCUGCCCUGUUGGCCGAAGAAGACGAGGAUGUGCUACAAUCGCUAUGCACUCUCCUGACGUCUUCUCUCACUCUUCCAUAUAUCGCAGUGUCCUCCUUGCCAACCGACACGAUGCGCCAAUGUUGGGCCUACCUAUUACACAUGACAUUCGCUUCUUCGGACGAAAAAGAGCUGCGUCAAUUAGGCUUGACCUAUUGGCAUCAGCUCAUCCUUUCGUUGAAAAAUAACAAGACGGCUUCUCCAUGCCAUCCUGCCCUUCCUCCUGUGUUGGAACAACUCGCCAUCGAAACAGUACAACACAUGAUGCCGCCAGACGCUGUCUUAUACGUGCAGCCCGAUCAAAGAGAAUUUGUCCAACUGAGCCACUCGGAACGCGUGCUACCUCAGUUGAUGCAGGAUGUGUUGUGCAACAUGGCCGAGUUACCCUCCUUCCAUCAUCCUCUGCAACAGAUCCUCACCGACCGUAUCCACAACGCACUUCUCAGCCCUUCGCCUGCAAACUGGCACGAUCUUUACCGGUGCGUGUGGGCCACUGGGGCGCUCAUUCACAAACAAGCAGCACUCGACCAGAGCGACGCCUUGGCCAGAGCUCUCUUACUGGAGAAAUUAUACCCUGCCAUGCAAACCCACGGCAGUACGGACGAUCCAUAUGCCUGGGUGCUCUUCUCUUGCGCUGUCUAUAUAGCCGAACAAUCCCGCCCACCCUUUUUGAUGGAGCAUUACUGGAACUUGACCUACAGGCUGCUGGAACGACUCUUCCAAGCGGUUGUCCUGCAGCAACAACAGCCCAUCAUCGAAGACGGUAUAAAAGAAUUUUGUUUGCACGCUCUACUCAAAUUGUCUGUAGAAUGCAAGGAAAACAUGGCCAUGUCAUCCACUCACAUCAACGGACACAUCAUGCCCUCCUUUUUGUCCAUCCUAUUGGAAAAAUGGGAACUCAUCUACCAGCAGUUGACUCCAGCACAGUUGGAAACGAUGUAUGCUAUCCUAGGCACUGUGAUAACAGCUAUAGCACGGGAGCCAUCCAAACGCGCCACUUUGCAGGCAGUGAUGAAUACGCCUAAUCGACUGAUAACGAAAGCAUUCAAUCACCCGUCAGCACUCUUACUAGAACAACCCUUCACCCCUUUGAGAUCUGUGCUGAACGUAGUCAAGAUCAAUAAGGCCAUCUGUUUAUCCGCCAAGUCGACUGUUUAUCAAUACCAAUGGGUCGACAUCCAACCCUCUUUCAUACAAGCCUAUACCAUGGCCGCUCAGUAUAUAGUGGAGAGCAAGAGAAAUGGCUCUGUACAAUUCAAGCUCAUGUGGCAAAUCAGAAAACAAAUUUUAGAGUUACUGGAGGCCUAUUACAGUACUAGUAGUAGUAGUAGUAGUAGUAGUAGUAAUAGUCUUCGCCAUGCUGAGGACAGUCCUUCCAUCGAAGACGAAAAAGCCCUUAUGCACCUCUUAUCCCUCCCCUUCGACUUGGUUUACACUGCCUUGACAGAUUUCAAAAAUAAUGCACUACCCGCCGAGAAAAAAGAGGCUACCGUCUUGAACUUGCUUACAACCAUAGUAACAGCAAUCCAUAACCCUGAUCGUUGCCCACAAUUUUUUCAACAAGUGAUAGAUGUAGCAUUUUCAACCACCUUGCCAUUCAUCACGUCCAACUUUAUUGAUUACCCAGAAAUCCGUCGAAAUUUCUAUAGCCUGUUGAAAGUAUUGAAUGAAUGCUGUUUUAUGUAUUUGUUUCAAACAUCUUCUUUAUUUCAGUUAAACAUAGACAGCAUAUUAUGGGGCACAAAACAUAACCUAUCGGAUAUCUCUCAUCUCGCCCUUCAGAUAUGUUUACAUAUGAUAAACUUUGUACCUCAGAUAGAAGAUGAAGACAUAUCUAGUCUCUUUUUUGAGCGCUAUUAUGUACGCAUUCUAACAGAUAUACUGGAAGUGCUGGUGGAUCCUGAUUGUAGAAACGGGUUCGAAUAUCAAAGUCAAAUAUUAGCAAGAAUGCUGGCUCUCGUUCAAGAAGGAGAGAUUUACACGCGUGUCUUUCCUCCUGAACAAGUGUCAGAUCCGCUCAUGUCGAACGUUGACUUUUUACAGCAGUAUGUUUUAAACCUCCUUUGCAACGCAUUUCCAUUAUUACAAAGGGAUCAAAUUGAAGUACUUGUCAAGGGCAUGUUUGAUUAUAGCGACGACUUGGAGAGAUUUCAAAAAGAUAUCAGGGAUUUCCUGAUUGAUAUCACAGAAGUGGGUGAAGCAGGAGAAGGACAAAAACGCGAGCAAGAAGAACUAAAUGCAGAAUUAGAAUUGCUGAGAGAUCUAUGAUCUAUCCGACGACGACGACUCUCACAUAGUUUAAAUAAAGUCUAUUUGCUUUUGUGCUUUCUAGGAUGUUGUUCAUUGUUGAUGUUGCUUGCUAUCCCCACUUUUACCCGAUCAGGACGUUAGAUAGUUAUCGUUCAUGUUAUCAAUAAACGCCCUUUGCAAGUGUGUAGGUGCAUGUCCCUUUAUUGGGAAUGUCUUGCAACACUUUUUUUUUCCCUUCUUCCAAUGAAUGAUACUCAAUCGAUAUAUAUCUUACAAGCACAACGUGAAU